AUGGCUGAUACAUAUAGAAACGUUCGUGUUGCUGGUGCAAAUGAUAAUAUAUAUAAAGAUGAAUGUCUUUAUUCAUUCGAUAAUCCAGAAUCUGAAAAUGGUCUUUAUAUUUGUAUGUCAACAUUUCGUGGAGUAGGAAAAGCUCAUCUCGAACGACAUUGUAGAAAUAAUCCAGGAAAAAAUGUUUUUUUACAUAUUUUACGAAGACGAAAACCAGUGCCAAUCGAUGCCAAUGUUGAACCAACUAAAAUAACAAAAUUGGCUAUUGGUAUUGAAGGUGGUUUUGAUGUAAAUCAAUCAAAUCGAUUUAUAUUUGAAGAAAAAUAUGCAAUUUAUAUUCAUCCAGAUGUAACUAUUCCCUAUCCCGAUGAAGUUAGUCAAUUACCUGAAUUUGUUAAGAACUCAGCCGAUGCUAUUAUAGCUGCUGAUUCAGCAUUUCUAAAAGAAGAACGUUCGCUUAUGAAUGCAACAUGGAAUGGUGAAAUUCGUCGAAUAACAAAGCAUAGUCAAACAUUAGAACAAUUAGUUAAUGGUCGAAAAAUUCCACCAAGUGGUUGGCAAUGUGAUCAAUGCGAUUUGAAAGAAAAUUUAUGGCUUAACUUAACCGACGGAGCUAUUUUAUGUGGAAGGAAAUUUUUCGAUGGUACCGGUGGAAACAAUCAUGCUGCCGAACAUUAUUAUAGAACAAAAUAUCCAUUGGCUGUCAAACUUGGAACAAUUACAGCCAAAGGUGCUGAUAUUUAUUCAUAUGAUGAAGAUGAUAUGGUUGAAGAUCCAAACCUGGCUGUUCGUCUAUCACAUUGGGGAAUCAAUAUGCUUAAAAUGGAAAAAAGUGAUCGAUCAAUGGCUGAUUUAGAAAUUGAAUUGAAUCAAAAAUUUGGUGAAGCCUCUAUGAUUGAAGAAGCAAAUUCAAAAUUACAACCUGUUCAUGGACCAGGUUAUACGGGAAUGAGAAAUUUAGGAAAUUCAUGUUAUUUGAAUUCAGUUAUGCAAGUUUUGUUUACUCUAAAAGAUUUUCAAGAAAAAUAUUACAAAAAUAGUGAUUUUUACUUUGAUAAGGCUAAAGAUCCCGCAAAUGAUUUUAAUGCACAAACAGCAAAAUUAGCUCAUGGUCUUUUAUCGGGUGUUUACUCAAAAGAAAUUCCAGCUAAUGUUGAUGCAUCAUUACAAGCACCAUCAGUGAUUCGUCCGCAAAUGUUUCGUUUAUUAAUUGGUCGUAAUCAUGCUGAUUUCGGUACAAAACAGCAACAGGAUGCUGCAGAAUUUCUUCAAUAUUAUCUCGAACAAGUGCAUAAUCAUUGUAAGAAGGAUCCAACACCAGAUCCAACAUUUGAUCCAAGUACUUGUUUUCAAUUCGAACUUGAAGAACGUAUUCAUUAUCCUGAAACCAAUCAAGUACGAUAUUUAGCACGUAAUGAGUCCAUGUUUCGUUUGAAUGUUCCAUUAUUCUCGGCAAAAAAUCAGCAUGAAGUACAUGAAUAUAAUAAAUUGAAAGAGGAUAUGGAAAAGCAAGGCAACAGAAUAAAUGACUUACCAGUUAUACGUCCAAUUAUUCCACUUCAGGAAGCCAUAUCUCAGUGGGCUGAACCCGAAGAAAUAAAUGAUUAUAAAUUACCUCAACAUGGACGUACGACAACAAUAAAAAAAACUCAAAAAUUUUUAACUUUUCCUGAUUAUCUUGUUGUUCAAUUGAAAAAAUAUACAUUUAAUGCUGAUUGGACACCGAAAAAAAUUGAUGUUUCAAUGGAAGUACCUGAUACACUUGAUCUGAAUUCAUUACGUGCAUCUGGAUUACAACCGGGUGAAACAUUAGUAACUGAUGAUGAUGAAGCAACAGGACAAUCAUCUAGUUCACAAUCGAAUAUUCAUGUGAAUGAAGUUCUUUUACAACAACUUGUUGAUAUGGGUUUUUCGAUGGACGGUUGUAAACGAGCAUUAAUCAACACAGGCAAUAAUGAUAUUGAAGCGGCUAUGAACUGGGUAUUUGAACAUCAAUCAGAUCCAGAUUUUGAUACACCAUAUCAAGCACCAAGUAAAAAAGCUCGUGUUGAACAAACUCAAACACCACCUGUGGACGAAGAAAGUAUUGGUAUUAUUAUGUCAAUGGGUUUUUCACGUGAUCAUGCUCUUCGUGCAUUAUCAUUAAUGAGCAAUAAUGUUGAAGCAGCUGUUGAUUGGGCUCUAAAUACGCCUGAAGAUAGUUCCACUUCAAAUGCAUCCUUUGAAUCAUUACCUCCGACAACUUCUGCACCUGCACAAGAAAAUAAACAAACAUAUCGUGAUGGUACUGGUAAAUACCGACUUGUGGCUUUUAUUUCACAUAUUGGUAAUCAUCCAUCAUCGGGCCAUUAUGUGGCACAUAUUCUUAAAGAUAAUCGUUGGGUUAUAUUCAAUGAUGAAGUUGUUGCAUUAUCUGAACAUCCACCCAAAGAUUUAGCUUAUCUUUACUUAUACAAACGCGAAACGGUUUAA